AUGGCUCCUGCCAAUGGAGGGUCUGCCCAGCUGUGGCUACCACUGCUGUUUAUCUCUCUGAGUGUCAUGCUGACGGUCACUCAGAAAUCUGUUGUGACAUUGAACCCACCGUGGAGUAGAAUAUUUACAGGAGAGAAAGUGACUCUUAUAUGCAAUGGGAACAAUCUUCAAGAGAACUCUACUAAAUGGUUCCACAAUGGCACCAUCUCUACUGUGACAACUUCACAUUGGGACAUUGUGAGUGCCACUAUUCAAGACAGUGGAAAAUAUAUAUGUCAGAACCAAGGAUUUUACAAGAGUAAACCUGUGUACUUGGAAGUGAUGAGAGAUUGGCUGCUCCUUCAGACUUCUGCUGAUAUGGUAUUAUACAAUGAGUCCUUUGACAUCAGAUGCCAUGGCUGGAGUAACUGGACUCUCCGUAAGGUGAUCUACUAUAAGGAUGACCUUGCUUUCAAGUAUACUUAUGAGACCCCCAAAAUCUCCAUUAGAAAUGCCAAACUUAAUGACAGCGGCACCUAUUACUGCUCUGGCUGUCUUCGCCGACUGAACUACACAUCUGAGAAACUCAGAAUUACUGUAAUAAAAGUUUACAAAACCAAGUAUCGUUGGCUACAGUUAAUUGUCCCAUUGCUGGUGGUGAUUCUGUUUGCUGUGGACACGGUGUUAUUGUUCUCCACCCAGGAACAGUUCAAACUACUCUUGAAGAUUCAGAAGACAGGAAAAUGCAACAAACCUUGAAACUUAACCCCUAACCUAGGCACAUAAAGGAACUGAUUCCAUUGCUGGAGAGAGAAUUCUUAACAGUAGUUUUCCACAGUCCUCAAUAAUUUCUCAACUGUCAAAGGUCACUCACAUUAUCUAUACAAAAGUCUGUGCCUCAGGAUUUGCAUAAAUGCUUCAUUAAACCAUCUGCAGCUGGUUAAAUAACAUGUAAUAGUAAAUGCUCAAUAAACACUGGUUUAAUUUGUAUUUGUAAAAGAGA